GUUGCUCGGUGCGCGUCGCGGACGGGUUCUCCCUCUCUCACUCGGCUCUUGCUCCAUUCAGCGUGCCCACGUGGCCACGUCGGUUCCUGCUCAAGCACCCAACAACCUUCGCUGCCUCCUUCGCCUCCUCGUCCUCCCCGAAUUCGCCCCCGCGCGCGCUCCCCAGAAGGCUAGAUCCAAACAAAGCCCCCACCGAGAUCUCGCGCGGGCCGCGCCCCCGACUGCGGCGAGGAGGAGGCAGCAGCCGUCAUGGAGGCGUCGUCGUGGGACGCCCUCCGCAAGCAGGCAAGGAGACUGGAAUCUCAGCUAGAUGACCAAAUGAAUGCAUAUCGUAAACUGGUUUCUAUGAAAUCUGAUGGUUCAGAGAGUGACAUUGAGUCUGACAUAGAAAGAUCGCUGAAGCAACUUCAGCAAGUAAAUUCUCAAAUGCAGACUUGGGUAUCAUCAGGAGGCUCUGAAGUCCUUUCUCACACCUUGACUCGUCAUAUGGAGAUUCUGCAAGAUCUUACACAGGAAUUCUACCGCCUCCGAUCAAGUCUAAGAGCUAAGCAACAGCAUGCUUCCCUCCUCGACUUGAGAGAUUUUGAUAGAGCAAGGUUUGAUGUUGAAGAGGCUGCGGACUCCUCUGAUCAAUCUCUCGUCAAAGAACAAACUGCAAUCAGUAGGAGUACUGGACAGAUAGAUAAUGUGAUAUCUCAAGCUCAUGCAACCCUAGGUGCACUUGUGUCGCAACGGUCGACAUUCGGUGGAAUUACUACAAAAAUUAGCAACGUUGGCAGUCGGCUCCCUACGAUCAAUCACAUCCUUUCAUCAAUCAGAAGAAAGAAAUCGAUGGACACGAUUAUUCUUUCCCUAGUUGCCUCUGUUUGUGCAUUUCUUAUUUUCAUCUACUGGUUGUCAAAGUAGUCUUGUCAAAUCAAGGCGUUAUAGUAUUGUGAGUUUAGAUAUGUAGUAUACAUGCUAGCCAUAUAUGUUUGUACUAGAUUACUUCAAUGUUGUUAUAUAGUUUUAAUUGUGUUCAAGCUACCUCAACUAUCGCUCAGAUUGAGCUGCUUCACCCACAUUUUAUACAUGACUCAGAACAGAAUUUACUUAA